UCAAGGGAGAGAGAAGGGGGCGAGCGGGGUGGAAGUAAAUGGGCCAAGCAGCAGUCUCAUUCUUGCUGUGUGAGAUCACGGAGCAGCAGAAUGCGUCGGGGUCUGCUCCACUGCUGAAAACAAGACUGAACAAGGCAGAAGGAGACACACACAGGAGGGAGGACUCAGGGAAAGGAAAGGAGGGCGGAGCAGGAGACCUGGAGGACUUUUUGGGAUCUGUUGGGAUCUACUCUGUGCUGAGGAUCGAGUUGGCAAAGUGUCUCACAGGGGCUGAGCUACAGCCCUGCCCCGUUAGCACCGCCGCCUCACUGCAGCAGGGACAAAAUGAACUAUCUGAACGUGUUGGCCAAGGCGCUGUACGACAAUGUGGCGGAGUCCCCGGACGAGCUGUCCUUCCGUAAGGGGGACAUCAUGACGGUGCUGGAGCGGGACACGCAGGGUCUGGACGGCUGGUGGCUCUGCUCCCUCCACGGUCGCCAAGGCAUCGUCCCCGGCAACCGUCUCAAGCUUCUGGUCGGCAUGUACGACAGCAAGCAGCAACAGGCCAUGCCUUCCACGCCGGAGCCGGCCUCCUGUCCCUCUUCCAUCCAGAGACCCCUCCCCCCUCUGAGCGCCUACGCCAAACCAUCACCUGCUACGUCGUCUGCUACGUGCUCCUCUGGGUAUCCCAUUAAGCCCCUCCCCUCCACUCAGUACACAUCUAUGCAUCCGGCAUACUCCAGCCCCGCACAGCCCAACCUUGACUCUGUGUACAUGAUGCCCCCCUCCCACGGCCCCAAACUGAGUCCUCAAAGUGUGUACCAGAUCCCCUCUGGCCCGAGCGGACUCCCUCCAGGACCCCCCAGCAAAACCUCUCUUGCCCAGAGACAGUACCACAGCCCUGGGCAGGACAUCUACCAGGUGCCCCCCUCUUUGGGCCCCGGGCCAGGCCACACUGGGGGGACAGGAGCUGGGCAGGAUGUGUACCAGGUGCCCCCCUCCAUGGAGAAGAGGAACUGGGAGAGCAGCACCAAGCCACUGGGCAAGGUGGUGGUUCCUACCCGGGUGGGACAGGUGUAUGUGUACGACACACUGAAAUCAGACCAGGACGAGUAUGACAUCCCACCCAGACAUCAGCCCCCGAGCCAGCAGGACAUUUACGACGUGCCACCCACCCGCCAGCAGUACAACACACAGGUGUAUGACACUCCUCCCAUGGUGGUGAAGGGGCCCUCUAGUGGUCAGGGUAUAUAUGACACCCCAGUAGGCUCGGACAAGCACACACAGCAGACGGUCUAUGACUUCCCCCCCUCGGUCAGUAAAGAUGUCCCUGACGCUCAUCCAAUCAGAGAGGAGACCUACGACGUGCCACCUCACUUUGCCAAACUCAAGCCAGUCCCCGCCCCCCCCGGCCAGUACCCACACAACCAUCUCCUCGACGACGACGAGCCGCCCAUUCCAGAGGACGUGUACGAUGUCCCGCCCCCAAUCCUGACUGACAAGCGUUACCGCGCCGACAGGGACGGGGUCAGCCAGCCCCCCCAGGACAUCUACGACAUCCCCGCCAGCCUGCGGAGCGGGGGGCACUCCGCCCAGGACGUGUAUGACUUCCCCCGGGACCGAGAGGAGAAAGGGGGAGAGAGGGGAGAUAACAACAUCUACGAUGUGCCCCCACAGGUGGUGCGUGACGCCCAGUCCACCAGUGAGGACCUCAGCCUGUCCUUCAAGCGUCUCUCUGCCUCGAGCACAGGAAGUACACGGAGCAACCACUCUGCCUCCUCCCUGGACAUGGUCCCAGUCCGAGACAGCUCCUCAUCCUCCUCACUUCCUGGCUCUGCUCCAGGGAAACCCCUCAUCCUGGACCUGGAGCAGGCCAUGGAGCGCCUGUCCCGCCUGCAGCAGGCCGUGGAGUCCAGCGUGUCCCUCAUGAUGUCCUUCAUCACAGGAAACUGGAGAAGCUCUGCUCAGCUGGAGGGGAACCUCCCGGCCAUCCACCAGGCCGCUGACCGCGUGCGCUCCGCGGUGAGGGACUUCCUGGAGUUUGCCCGGGGCGCGGUGGCUAACUCCGCCCAGGCCACGGACCGCUCUCUGCAGACCAAGCUGUUCCGUCAGGUGGGGAAGAUGGAGGAGGUCUUCCAGAGUCUGAUUCAGCACAGUCAGGGUUUGGACGUCAUUUCCUGGUCGCACACUGGGCUCGCAGCGCCGCCACCAGGAGGGGACGACUUAGAUCGGCUCAUCAUGACGGCUCGAGGUAUCCCUGACGACGCCAAGCAGCUGGCCUCCUUCCUCCACGGCAACGCCUCGCUGCUCUUCAAGAGAAACAACCGGCAGCAGCAGCAGCUUCCGCUUCCUCCAAUCCCAGGAGAGAUCAGCAGUCACAUGACAGGAUCAGGAAGUGGGAGCUAUCAGGGAGGGGAGAAGGUGCACAUUCAGUCGAGACCCCUCCCCUCGCCGCCGAAGUUCUCAGCUGCAGAGGAGGAGGGUAUGGAGCGGCCGUACGAGAGCACAGAGGAGGGCUGGAUGGAGGACUACGACUACGUACAUUUACAGGGAAAGGAAGAGUUUGAGAAGAACCAAAAACAGCUGCUGGAGAAAGGCAGCAUCAGCAGACACAAGACACAACUGGAACAGCAACAGAUUAAACAGUUUGAGCGGCUGGAGCAGGAAGUCAGCCGGCCAAUCAACAACGACAUGACGGGCUGGGUCCCGCCCCCACUGCACCCUCCAGCCAACCAGCAGGCCCAGAAUGGCUCUGGAGGCUCCUCCUCCUGCUCCUCCUCCUCCAAGCUGUGCCACGGCGACCGGCAGCUCCUCCUCUUCUACCAGGAGCAGUGUGAGCAGAACGUCACCACGGUAACCAACGCCAUCGACGCCUUCUUCACCGCCGUCAACUCUAACCAACCCCCAAAGAUCUUCGUGGCGCACAGCAAGUUCGUCAUCCUCAGCGCACACAAGCUGGUGUUCAUCGGGGACACGCUGUCCCGGCAGGCCAAGGGCCCCGAGGUGAGGGCCCGCGUGGGGCAGAGCAGCAACACGCUCUGCGAAAAACUCAAAGACAUCGUGAUCAGCACCAAGACGGCGGCGCUGCAGUACCCCUCCCCCGGAGCCACCAGGGAGAUGACUGACAGGGUGAGGGAGCUGGCGGGGUGCACGCAGCACUUCAGGAUGGUGCUGGGGCAGCUGCUGGUGAUGUAGGGGGGGGGGGGCAGUGACAUAAACUCAGAGUCCCAGGAACACGGGGCAGAGACUCCCCCCCCGGAACGAAGGGAUGGUACGCCCCUGCAGCUCGGGGUAGGAGGACCUGUGGAGCCCCUCCAGUGUGGGGUGGAGACCCCACAUCCACCCUCUGCUCCCUUCCUACCUCACCUUCCACUGGGACCAUUCCUCCCCCAUCCCUCCUUUUUAUUCUACUCAAAGGAACAUUUGUAUUUUCAGUGGGCUGGGCCAAUGGUUGUAAAAUAAUCACUGUAAAUAUUUAAGUUACUGUUAAGUCAGAAAACCAAGAAAGAAAAAGGACUUCCAGUAUAUAAAUAUAAAUAUAUGGUUCUUUUUUUGAAGAAGAAGAAGAAAGAAAAGAUGAAAACAUAAGUGUAGUUUUUAGACAAUAUCAAUAAUUGUUAUUAUUAUUGCUAUACCGUAUAAUUCUGGCUCUGAUUCCUGAUCCGUGUAUCAUUGUUGUUAUGGAUGUGUAAAUUUCAGAUGAUAUGUAUGACUGUAUGUUGUAGUACAUCUAUGCUCUUCUCCAUCCCUGACAAAGGCACACUUUCCAAAAAGCACUGGAGCACACGGCCAUCUUUAACGUUCUGCCGCGCUGCAGUGAGUUUCACACUGAUUACAAUCGAGCAGUGAAGGCACCACGAGCCCUGCACAGGUCCACUGAUGCAGGUGGGAGCUGAUCCAGUGCCCUCUCAGUGGCUUUCUGAGAAACUAUAUGUAGGUUGUUUUGUAAGAGGCAUGUAUUAGAGAAAAGGAGUGUAAAAGGUUCAAAUCUAGAAAUGAAAUUAAACCUGCUUUCCUCUUUUCUCUGAAA